AUGACGGGUGCUGGGUCGCUGGAUCCUGAAUGCCGUGCGGCUGGCCCAGGGUCACCGCUGCAGGUGACCUACCUUCCAGUUCCCCGGGGCUGUCCUCACACAGGGGCAGUCCCAAGAGAACUGCUCAGGGGAGGGAGCCCACGCCCCACGCCCCACGCAAGAGAGGUCAUCCAGAGCGACAGUCUGUGGCUGGUGGAGUUCUACGCGCCCUGGUGCGGUCACUGCCAGAGGCUGGCGCCCGAGUGGAAGAAAGCAGCGAACGCGCUGAAGGAUGUCGUGAAAGUCGGUGCCGUCGAUGCAGAUAAACACCAGUCCCUAGGCGGCCAGUACGGGGUCCAGGGCUUCCCUACCAUCAAGAUCUUCGGAGCCAACAAAAACAAACCAGAAGAUUAUCAGGGUGGCAGGACCGCCGAGGCCAUUGUGGAUUCCGCGCUCAGUGCCGUGCGGCAGCUGGUGAAGGACCGGCUGGGGGGCCGUGCUGGGGGCCACAGCUCGGGAAGGCAGGGCAGGAGCGAGGGCUCAGGGAAGAAGGACGUGAUCGAGCUGACGGAUGACACCUUCGACGAGAAUGUGCUGGACAGCCCAGACGUGUGGAUGGUGGAGUUCUACGCCCCGUGGUGUGGACACUGCAAAAACCUGGAGCCGGAGUGGGCUGCCGCGGCCACCGAGGUGAAGGAGCAGACGCAGGGCAGGGUGAAGUUAGCGGCCGUAGACGCCACCGUGAACCAGGUCCUGGCCGGACGCUACGGGAUCAGGGGAUUUCCCACCAUCAAGAUCUUUCAGCGGGGCGAGGCCCCUGUGGACUAUGACGGCGGGCGGACACGGUCCGACAUCCUCUCCCGGGCCCUGGACUUGUUCUCUGACAACGCCCCACCCCCGGAGCUGCUGGAGAUAAUCAGUGAGGAUGUGGCCAGGAAGACCUGCGAGGAGCACCAGCUGUGUGUGGUGGCUGUGCUGCCCCACAUCCUGGACACCGGAGCAGCAGGCAGGAACUCUUACCUGGAAGUUCUCCUGAAGUUGGCAGACAAAUACAAGAAGAAGAUGUGGGGGUGGCUGUGGACAGAGGCAGCUGCCCAGCCCGAGCUGGAGAACGCGCUGGGCAUCGGAGGGUUUGGCUACCCGGCCAUGGCUGCCAUCAAUGCACGCAAGAUGAAGUUCGCGCUGCUCAAGGGCUCCUUCAGCGAGCAGGGCAUUAACGAGUUCCUCAGGGAGCUGUCUUUCGGGCGUGGCUCCACAGCACCAGUGGGUGGUGGCACCUUUCCCACCAUUGCUACGAGGGAGCCCUGGGACGGCAAGGACGGUGAGCUACCUGUGGAAGAUGACAUCGACCUGAGCGACGUGGAGCUGGACGACCUGGAGAAGGACGAAUUAUGAGCGCCGCCGGCUCCUUCCUGGGAGCGAGCAGCACCCUUGGCCGCGAGGCUGCCGAGCCUUCGCCCCAGACCGGCGGGCCUGGAAGGCACUGUGCCUGCAUCUCCACCUCCGUCUCAAAACACUGAAAACUGUGACUUGUAGCAGUGGGUCGGCUGUGCUCUGCACAUAAUUUGAAGAAAACCAGGCUAUUGAAACGGUUUUCCCUCCCUCUGACUGAAAGCUGCUUGAAUGUUCCGGAGGCUGUUUCUUACAUGUAGGGUUUUUAAAAUGUGAUUCCUCCAUUUGAAUAUCAAUGGCUUUUUCCAUUAAAAAAUAAAACAAUAUUUUGGACAGUGCCGAUAAACAUGAAAUUAGUGCCCACAUCAAAGUCUGACCUUGAGCCAGUAAAUUACAUCUGAACCCUGGCUCUCAAGUUGCUGUCUUCACCCUCCCAUGAGACCUACACCGUCCAGAGGCCACCGUGUGGGCCGUGGCAGCCCGCGGGGGUCCUGAGGUCCCCGGCCCGGGUCCUGGACUGUCUCGGGCAGUGCAGUGGCCACUCCCAAGGGAGGACACCCAAGUGCUCGGUGUCCGUACAGCGCCAGGGACACAGGCGGCUCACACGUGGGACCUCAGGACAGCGCCAUGUCGGAUCUGUUAGAACAGAGGCCACGGCUCAGAAGACCGAGCAUUUUAUUAGAACUUAGAAAAUAAAUACACCAACUCCCGUGAGGUCUCCGUCCUGGAGAUGCCGCAGGACUUCAGGGCCCUA